AUCCCCUCCUCAGUGGCCAGCACCCCACAAGGGUCAGGCCAAGAUCCUACUAUCUCUUCAAGGUCCAGCUAUCCCUGGGUAUUGGUUUCAUCAGGAUUUCAGGGAUCUCCAGAUUCUUCCCAACUGUCGGUACCAACACCUCCUACACCCAGUAAUACUCCCCGAGUGUCAUCACAAGACACCACUCCCUAUCUGUCCAGCUACCCUUGGAUGAGCAUACCAGUUUCUUCUGCACCCUAUUUUCUUUCUCAACUGUCAGUUCCAGGACCUCCUGCACCCAGUAAUUCUCUAACAACAGGAGUAGGGUACUUCAUACCCUCACCAGCCAGCUCCCCAUCGGGUUCAAUACAAUUUCCCUUUGUACCCACUAACACCCCUCGAGUGUCUGUAGACGAGCCCACAUCAUUCUUAGGGACAAGCUUUCCCCGGGUAUCUCUAGAAAGAUCAGCUCCGCCCCCAGGCGCUCCCCUAGUGUCAGCACAAGGGGCUGCCCCGCCCUCUGGGCCAGGCUCUCCCCGGGUAAGGGUGGAAAGAUCGGCUCCGCCCCCAGACUCCCAGCAAGAGUCAGUAGAAAGGUCCGUUCCAACCUUCACAUUCGGCACUUGCACUUGGAUACCCACGUCUCUGGAGCAUCCCAACCAAAGCAUGGCGAACCGGGAGAAGGCGAAUCUUACAGGCCACAUGUUCGACGUAGUCGUGAUUGGAGGCGGUAUCUCAGGAUUGGCCGCUGCUAAACUCUUGUCUAAAUAUGAUAUUAAUGUUUUGGUUUUGGAAGCACGGGAUAGAGUUGGAGGAAGAACAUAUACUGUGAGGAAUGAGCAUGUUAAAUGGGUAGAUGUUGGUGGAGCCUACGUAGGACCAACCCAGAACAGAAUUUUACGCUUGUCUAAGGAAUUAGGCCUAGAGACUUAUAAAGUAAAUAUACGUGAGCGCCUAGUUCAAUAUGUCAAGGGGAAAUCUUAUCCUUUUCGGGGAGCAUUUCCACCUGUGUGGAAUCCCAUUACAUACCUGGAUUACAACAAUCUGUGGCGGACAAUGGAUAAAAUGGGAAAGGAGAUCCCAGCCGAUGCACCAUGGGAUGCCCCUCAUGCUGAAGAAUGGGACAAGAUGACUAUGAAAGAUCUCUUUGAUAAGAUCUGCUGGACAAAGACUGCUAGGGAGUUUGCUACUCUUUUUGUGAACAUCAAUGUCACCUCUGAGCCCCAUGAGGUUUCUGCUCUGUGGUUCUUGUGGUAUGUGAAACAGUGCGGUGGUACCACUAGGAUAUUCUCAGUCUCUAACGGAGGCCAGGAACGGAAGUUUGUAGGUGGAUCAGGCCAGGUGAGUGAGCGGAUAAUGGACCUCCUUGGGGACCGAGUGAAGCUGAGCCGUCCUGUUACCUAUAUUGACCAUUCAGGGGAAAACAUCAUUGUAGAGACACUGAAUCAUGAAGUUUAUGAGUGCAAAUACAUAAUUAGUGCCAUCCCUCCGACCUUGACUGCCAAGAUCCACUUCAAACCAGAGCUUCCAUCAGAGAGAAAUCAAUUAAUUCAGCGUCUGCCAAUGGGGGCUAUCAUUAAGUGCAUGAUGUAUUACAGGGAAGCUUUCUGGAAGAAAAAGGAUUAUUGUGGCUGCAUGAUCAUUGAAGAUGAAGAAGCUCCUAUUUCAAUCACCCUGGAUGACACCAAGCCAGAUGGAUCGCUGCCUGCCAUCAUGGGCUUCAUACUUGCCCGGAAAGCUGAGCGACUUACCAAGCUCCACAAAGAAAUAAGGAAAAGAAAAAUCUGUGAACUAUAUGCCAAAGUUCUGGAAUCUGAAGAAGCCUUACAUCCUGUGCAUUACGAGGAGAAGAACUGGUGUGAGGAGCAGUAUUCUGGAGGCUGCUACACAGCCUACUUUCCCCCAGGGAUCAUGACGCAGUAUGGCAGAGUGAUUCGACAGCCAGUAGGCAGAAUUUACUUUGCUGGCACAGAAACUGCCACACACUGGAGUGGCUACAUGGAAGGAGCAGUUGAGGCUGGAGAACGAGCAGCUAGAGAGGUCUUGAAUGCUGUAGGAAAGGUGCCCAAGAAAGACAUAUGGCUUCAAGAACCUGAAUCCAAGGAUGUUCCAUCAUUUGAGAUCACCCAUACCUUCUUGGAGAAAUACCUGCCUUCUGUGCCUGGGCUGCUGAAGAUCAUUGGUCUUUCCUCUGUAGCUUCCAUCUGGAUUGUAUUGUACAGACUCAAGCUGUUCCCACGAUUCUGAAGUUCCAUUGCCCAGCUUCCUGCUUUCUCGUCCUUAGUAUUAUCACUUUCAAAAGAAAAUGGACGAGUUACAGGUUGUGUCAUUGGGCCAUUUAAGUGCACUUGAUUUAGCCCUCCCCCACCUCGGUUUAAUCUCAGUUGUCAUUAAAAAUAACCCAAAGAAUCAACUUUGAAAUAAGAUCAAAUUCCUGGAGUAAGAUCAAAUCUUGGCUGUGUAGACUAAGUGGUAUUGAUUGGUAGACUAAGCCUAUGUGAGUGUUCUUAAUUUCAAAAAGUUGAAGUGCUUGUGGAAAACUAUUUCUGUGUCCUGUUUUUCUGACCUGUAAUGCAUAAUAUCUGAUGGCUUCAGAAAUAAAACAUUUGACUUUGUCUCUGUAUAAGUGGUGUAGACUGAGCCCCAGCCUGUGACUGUCCUUAGGAACUAAUGAUAUGUUGGUACAGAGAGGCCAAAGGCUUACAGCUUCCUCGGUGCCCAGCUCCCACUUUGGAUGAGGUAAUAGUAAAUGAAAGCAGCAUGGGCACAGGAACAUGCAGGUCCUCAGGCCAGCAUGGGAAUUUCCUAACCACUUAGAAUUUCUGUAUAGUUGCAGCACUCAUUUCUUUGUAUGUUUUCCUCUUUUGCUUCUUACAGAGAAGAAUGUUUAUGGCAUUAUAAUGCUUAAAUUGACUUGCUAUGAGUUUUUGGUAGCUCCCAAGAUGAGCAGAGUAAAAUAGAAGCAGGGCUGCCUCCCAGGAGGCCUGCCUGACCAGCCCCAUGGAAGUGAGACCAAAUACAAUAGGUAUCUUCUCUUCUGGAUUGUGGCUAGACAUCAACUGGACUUGGUCAGUGAGAAUAUUCUAAACCACUUUGAGGAUGGCAGACUUUAUUUCUUCAGUUAGUCCUUGAUCCAUAGAAUCAUAUUGUUUUUCUUUUUUCUUAUGACCAUAGACUUCGAUCUCUUAACUUAUAUAUGUUUUUAACAUAGUCAGCUAUUAGCUGGUCAAUUUCUCUUAAGUAUUGAAAUACACAUGAAAAAAUCCUGAUUAUUGUUUAUUGAGACUGUUAAAUACAGAAAAGAAAUUUGGGCUCUAUGUGAUAACCUCACUUUUUCUAAGUUUUGUAAUAGACAAAAUUGAAUGGAUUUUAUCUAUGAAGACUGAGUUCUUUAUUUAGGAGAUAAAAAAUUGAAAUACUGUCCAUUUGAACUAUCCAGUUUUUUAAAAUAUUUUAAAAUUUUCAACCAGAAUAACAAUUGUUUUUAAAAUGUAAAACUAUACUUUUAUUGAAGAGGAAUUAAAGGGUUCCAAGAGGAAAGGCAACCAGCUAACCUAAGUUUAUUGCAACAUUAACCCUAUCCUAAAUGCAAACUUGUAUCUCUGGACCCUGAUAGGAGGACUUAAGGUCUUCCAAAGUUUUGCCCAUUCUAAGAGCAGAAGGCUGUUUUUCUGCCACUUUUUAUCUUGCAAUUCAAAAGCAAUUUAACUUAAAAGUUGGAUAUGCUAGUAUGCAAGGAGUUGCCUUGCUAUUAUUAUAGCAAACCACAGUGACAAAUCUCAUCCCUAAUCUCUUAUAGUUGUUUCUGCUGAGUUACUGAUUAACUCAGCUCUGACACACCUUGGGAAAUACUACUUUAAACUUUUGAACUGGCAGUAUUGUUUUAACCAUAAUUACAUUGUUAACAUAUUGAAGUAUUGAAUGUUGAAGGUCUCCUGAAGGUGCAGUUUACCCUUUUCUCACACUUUGUAGAAAACCAAUUCAUUCAGUCUAAUUCCAUCAACCCUAUUAAGCUACAGAUUUGAGUAUCAAAGUAAAUGCCAUCCAGAUGUACUUAGACAUGGGGCUGGGAAUAUUGCCCAUAUGUGAGUUUGACUGAAUUGGCCUCAUUCCAUACUUAGGUCAAGAAUUCAAUUUUUAAAAGUUCAUCUAUUUGUCACAGUUAACUGUUAAGAAGGCCUUGUACUCCACUGGAGAAAAAAAUCUAUUGAAGGAUUGUGAACAAUAUUUUUUUGUUGUGAACUUGGUGCCUAAUGUUCCAUGUCAGAAAUUUGCCCUUGCUACAUGUGAGAGUAUGCAUAUGUGCGUGAUUUGCCAUUGAAAUAAGACAUUGCUUAUAUGAUCUGUUUUGUUUGUUAAUAAAGUGCACUGCCACUC